GAGACGUUUGAUUGAGCGCUAACGACUGACUUAAGGGAGUUUAACACACCAGCGAGACCAACGGGAUACAAUGGCGACCGUAGCGCAUCACCUAAAGCAGGCACUGAUCUGGGCAGUGAUCUGUCUGAUGGCAGGAGAGGUUAUGGGCCACAAGCCCUACUUCCCCAAAGAGAUGGCAACAAAAUACAGCAGCCUGAACAAAGUCUUUGCCAACAAAGGUAGCCUCUCUGGUGGUGCUCUGUUCAGACACCAGGAUAACUCAAGUCAGAUGCAGAUGCUUCUGGCUGGUGAAACGCUGAACGUUUACAUCAACAUUCUCACCAAUAUACGGGACAAGAUGCAGGCCAAGGAGGAGAGGGAUGACGUGGACUACCUGAAAGUCAAAAUGGAGGAACUGAGUACAAUGUACUUUAAAGAAACACAGAAACAGUUGGAGGCCCUCAAGGAGCUGCAAACCAUCAAUACAAAUGACGAGGUAGUCCAACGCAAAGCCAUUUACGAGCUGAAGAGCGUCUACAACCAGGCUUCUUGUCUCGGGGACAAAAGCCAAGUCAACUGCACUCACCGGCGUAAACGGCAGAUCAAACUGUGAUAAAUCAAACCAAGGUCAUGAAGGGGAUGCAUUUAUUAUGAAUGAAAAUAAGUUUACUGUAUAUACAUGGUGUUUCUAUUUAUAUGUAUUUAUAUUAUUUAAAUAUGCACAAAAUAAAAUGUAUUUUAUGUCAGAGAAAUUAUUUAUUUUUCUAUUUAUUUUAUUUU